UUGCCAGUUAUGCGAAAACAUGGCUGCGGCCGGUUUGGCCCUUGUUUGUAGGAGAGUUUCAUCCGCCCUGAAAGCUUCCCGAUCGUUAAUAACUCCUCAGGCCCCUGCCUGCACAGGGUUUUUUCUUAGUUUGUUGCCUAAGAGUACACCAAAUGUGACAUCCUUUCACCAAUAUAGAUUACUUCAUACCACAUUGUCAAGGAAAGGACUAGAAGAAUUUUUUGAUGACCCAAAAAACUGGGGGGAAGAAAAAGUAAAAUCUGGAGCAGCAUGGACCUGUCAGCAACUGAGGAACAAAAGUAAUGAAGAUUUACACAAACUUUGGUAUGUCUUACUGAAAGAAAGAAACAUGCUUCUAACCCUAGAGCAGGAGGCCAAGCGGCAGAGAUUGCCAAUGCCAAGUCCAGAGCGGUUAGAUAAGGUAGUAGAUUCCAUGGAUGCAUUAGAUAAAGUUGUCCAGGAAAGAGAAGACGCCCUAAGGCUUCUUCAGACUGGUCAGGAAAGAGCUAGACCUGGUGCUUGGAGAAGAGACAUCUUUGGAAGAAUCAUCUGGCACAAGUUCAAGCAGUGGGUUAUACCUUGGCACCUAAAUAAAAGAUACAAUAGGAAACGAUUCUUUGCCAUGCCUUAUGUGGACCAUUUUCUCAGACUGGAACGUGAGAAACGAGCCCGCAUCAAAGCACGGAAGGAAAAUUUAGAGAGAAAGAAAGCAAAAAUUCUUCUAAAAAAGUUUCCACAUCUUGCUGAAGCCCAGAAGUCAAGUCUUGUCUAAGAUGUCUGAACUUUUAAAUUUACCAUUUUGUUUUUCUUGAAUAGUCUGUGUACAAGAGUAAAUAUGUUAAGUGGUUUAUAAAGAAAUUCUGUUUUUAGUCAAGUGACUUUAUUAAUCAGUUGUUCUAAGUGUGAAUAUGGCAUGCUAAUUAGCUAAUUUGGUAGAAGCUAAUUUGCUUCUAAAAAUCGGUAUAAAGUUCAGAUUAAAUUCCCACUUUAUAAGUUCUGACAUUUAAGCAGGCUUUAAAUGUCACCUGCUACCUUAGAGUGUAAGGGUGAUGGUAACUGCCACAGCAAAGACAAUACCAUAGUUUUUGAAUUUGAAUAACAGUUUUAACUCUGUGGUUAAUAGGAUGUGAAGAGGAUGUGGGUACUGCUGUUAAUAAACAGUGAGUACUUUGAUUCAAAAUAAUCAGAAAUACAUUUAGUCCUUAAAGUAGUAAUCACAGUGCACAACAGUCCAAAAUAUAUUUCUGGAAUGGCUAAUUUUUAUUUGAUUCUAUAAGCCUAAGGUAAAAAGAAUAGGCAGUAACUUUUACUGGUCAAUAAAAAGCAAUUCUACC